AUGCUCAUCGCUGACCCGGCUUCGCAGCACCCAGACGCCCUCACCGUCGAAUCCGGCGGCGCCGGCAGCGCCGCGCGCGGGCUGCUGCUGAUUGGGGACCUCGGGCUGGGGCCCGGCGGCGACAGCGAGGGCGGCGGUUCCGGCGGUUUCGGCGGCGACGAAGGGGACGACGGGAUGCUGCGGCCGCCGUCGCUGGGGUUUCAGGUGCUGCCGCUGGCCCGCACGCGGCCACAGAGGAUUACAGGCGGCGUUAACGCCAGCGGCGGCACCGGGGCAGGCCGUGGUGGAGGCACUGUUGCUUGA